AUGCCACCCUUCGAACCUCUUAAAGAUCUGGUCAAUGGUAUCCGUUUCAUGAUCUAUAAUCCAAGGUCAACCUUGAUUUGGGGCCCAAUGCUGCUGGCAUUCGAAUCGGCGCUUCUCAAAUUAAUCAUUUGGAAAGUCCCAUAUACUGAAAUCGAUUACAAGGCAUAUAUGGAGCAGAUUGACAUUAUCAAGAGUGGUGAAACUGAUUAUACCAAAAUUUAUGGUGGCACUGGACCAUUGGUUUAUCCCGCAGGGCACGUGCUCAUCUAUCGAUUUAUGCACUGGCUAACUGAAGGAACUAAUUUCGUUCAUAGAGGUCAACAUUUUUUCCGUUGUCUCUAUUUACUUACUUUAGCCCUUCAAUUCUUUCUGUAUUAUCGCCUUCAAUUACCGGGAUGGUGUGUUGUACUCGCCUCAUUAUCCAAAAGACUUCAUUCUAUCUAUGUUUUACGCCUUUUCAACGAUUGUUUUACCACGUUUUUCAUGGUUGUAACGGUUUUGUUGUUACAAUUGGCUAGUGAUCGUCCUCGUCGUUGGUUAACCUAUGUGGCAGCUUUAACUUUUUCCUUCGCACUCAGUAUCAAAAUGAAUGCGUUACUCUAUUUACCGGGCAUUGCAGUCACCAUAUUUUAUCUACAAAAUGGCAAUUUGCUGCACUGUUUAAUAUGUGCAGCUUUAGCCGUUUCUCUACAAUAUUCCAUUGCAAUACCAUUUUUAUCGCAUUGGAGAUCUUAUUUGAUAUGUGCCUUCGAUUUCCAACGAAAAUUUUUGUACCGUUGGACAAUCAAUUGGCAUUUCCUGGAUGAAGAAACGUUUAAUUCAAAUCAAUUCCAUUUGGCGUUAUUAGCCACCCAUAUGAUUGUUAUUCUAACGUUAUUUUCCCUACUGUUUCCAAAUUGGCGCACCCAUUUGUAUCGCGCCUGCUGUCUCCACGAGGCAAACAUCUUUUUAUCAAGUGAUUUACAUUCUAGCGCCGCUUCUCCAAAGGGCAAUCACCCCGCCAUUUCAGGUACACUUCCGUUAAUUGUUACUACAAAUUUUGCCGGAGUUAUCUGUGCGCGUUCAUUACACUACCAAUUUUUGUCGUGGUACCACUGGACUUUGCCGAUACUGCUUUGCUACUCAGGGUUUCCAGCCCCGCUGGGAAUGGUUUGGUACGCGAUACAUGAGUGGUGUUGGAACAGCUAUCCACCAAAUUCCUUAGCCUCCGCAAUACUCGUGUCUUUAAACGGCACUCUUUUAAUAUGUUGCGGAGUCGCAUUUUACAUCACUAGACAGAAAAACCAACUGCAGCAACAGCACGGUGCCGUUCCCGCAAAAUCUCGGUCUGUUCUAUCGGAUGGCAAAGAAGACUAG